AGGUGAAGCUCCACCCCCCUCCCCCCGUUACCACCGAUUCAACCGUCUCGAGCUCCUGCUCCGGUCAGUUACUACAAAAUGGCUGCAGAGGCUCCGCCGCCGACGAGAUCCCGCUGAACGCUUCAUGCUGUGAGAAGAAGCCAAACACACGAGAAGAGAACCAUUUGAUGGAAGAUAAGAAAAAGAAAAAGCAAGAAGAGAAGAAAAAGAAAGAAGCCGCUCAAAAAAAGGCCACAGAACAGAUAACCAAAGUGCCCGACUCUGCCGAGCUCGACCCCACCCCUCCUCUUCCCCCCAUCAACCCCAGUACCGUCCCAUCUGUACUCCCAAGCAGUGGCAAUGGCAAGCGUGCCCCCUCCGGAGGUCAGCCGCAGACAGCACAGCAGCCCCAGACUCUGCUCCAGCAGCGCUACCCACCCAGAGAGGUGCCCCCUCGCUUCCGCCAGCAGGAGCACAAGCAGCUGUUGAAGAGGGGCCAGCCUCUGCCCUCUGGGACCCUGCUUCUCACCACCACAGGACGUCCCUGCUCUACUGAACCUGCAGCAGCAGCUGUAGCGAUACACUCCUCUCCCUCCUGCUCCUCUUCCUCCACAGGUCAGCCAAGACACUCUGUUGAACUGCCCCCACAGAGCGGCCAGGGAGCCCAGUAUGAUAAUCCCCUCUGGGGACACCUGCCAGCCAACAGGAGUACCACAAGUGCUGCAUCUUCCACCAAUCUCAGUGGUUGGGAUCAACUGAUCAUUGACCAGAAGGAUACAGAGGCUUGGCCCUCUAUUACCCUCAGCCAGAGCCAGGCCCCUCCAGGAGGAUGCCCUUUGGAUACUGACCCUGGUCGCUUGACCAGCAGCAGCAGCAGUACUAGUAGUAGUUGCAGUACAGUGAGUAUGGCCACGGGGGCCAAUAGCCAGACAGGCCACUUUCCUGCCAACCACCUUAGCAGCAAGGCCAACAGUGGGCCCAGCCCUGCCAAUCAUACUGGAACCAACAUGCUCUCUAGCCAGGUUGCAGCCAAUCGCAGCUGGGGCUCUGGGCCUGGACCCUCCCAUUGCCCCCCUCAGUCCUCGGUGGGGAAUGAAGGAAAGAGUGACAGUCCAGUGGGGGGAGCAGGCGGCAGGGGCUGGGGCUCUUCUUCAUCAUCCUCAACCACCAACUUUAACUUGAACCUAAACCCUAAUGCCAACCCAUCUGCUUGGCCCAUGCUGGGGCAUGAUGGGGGUGGCACAGGGGGAGGCAGCUCAGGGGGAGCCAACACCAUUUCACCUCCUCAACCUACACCCAACCUCUGUAAUCCACCUGGCCCCCCAUCAGCCCAGACCAGCACCUGUACCGGAGCCAACACUAACAGCAACUCCUCGGGGAUUGGCAGCGCCUGGGGUAGUAUAAUGACUUCUGACAUGUCAGAAGCGCACCCCUCCCCGUCCACAAAUGUGUCUUUCAGUUCAGAACCUCAGAACCUUAAAACUGAUGGACCAAAUCACACUAAUAAGCAGGAACCUCCCAGCCCCAUCCGCAGCUUGCCUGGCUGGGGUAGUGCAUCUGUAGGCUUGGGUUCCAUGGGUCAACCCCCACCAGGGGUCCCACAGGUCAAUGGAGAAGAUAGUAGCUCAGUAUGGGGUCACAGUGGAGACUCUAAGGCACCUUCAUCUAAGGAGGCAUCUGGCUGGGAUUCUGGCUGGAGCCAUGGAGGAGCUGGAGCAGGAAACUCUGGAGGUUGGGGUGACCAGUCUGGUGGAGACUGGGGGAAACAGCACACUGAAGAGGCCCAGGGAGGAUGGGAUGCCCCAAGCUCCCCUCCCCAGGAUCCACAGGCUGGUCCUUGGGGCAGAGCUGUGAGCACAGCUGCUGCCAGUGAAGGCAGCAGUGACAGCAUGGAAGGACAUAACCAACGCAGAGACCACUCAUCCAGAGAUAAUCCAGCUCCUCUGCUGCCUGCCCAGGAUCUUGACCCCAGAGUGCUGUGUAACACUGGCUGGGGACAGACCCCCGUUCGCCAGCACACCUCCUGGGAUAUGGAUGAUACUAAACGUAAGAAUGAUGUAGGCACUGAAACAUGGGGCUCUGGCCCAACCACACCAAGCGAUGCCCAGGGGCCCUCCAAAACAAACAUUGGCCCCACUCAGAGGACUGACUCUGGGAGUAAAAAUGAUGUGCCUGGUUCUCAGGGAGCUUCAGGUUGGGGUGGAAGCGUAGCAGCUACCAACCAGCCCAGCUCUGGUUGGGGAGAGCCACCCAACAACAUUAAGCCCCCAGGUGGCCCUGGUGGAUGGGGGAACCAUCCAACAGGAGGCCCCACCACCAGUGUACCCAAGAAUGGUAGUCAAACCUGGGGAGAAGAGAAGUCGAGUGGGUGGGACGAUUCUCACAUCAAGACAACAUCCCAGGGCUGGGGAGAGCAACCCAAAGCAUCCCACGGCUGGGGCAAUAGUGGAGGGAGCAAAAACGCAGGGGACUGGGGAGAACCAGAGGAGAGCAAAAAGAGUCCCACUAACCCUGCCUGGGAGGGAGAGGCAGGAGGCUGGAAGGAAAAACCACGAGGCUGGGGAAUGCCUGCUUCAGCACCUGGUAUAUCUGGACCUGGAGGAAAUGGUGGCUGGGGAGAGCAAGUUUCCCAGCGUCCCAGUGGCCCACCUCAAGGGUGGGGGGGCAAGCCUCAGGAUGGGCCCAGUUGUAGUGGUGGAGCAGGGGGCAUAGGCUCUUGGGGUGGCUCAGGCUCAGUGAAGCAAGGUGGAAGUUGGGGUGGCAGUAAACAGGAGUCCUCAGCUGAGCCUACAGGCUGGGAAGAGCCCUCCCCACCUUCAAUCCGACGUAAGAUGGAGAUAGAUGAUGGAACCUCAGCUUGGGGUGACCCUGGUUCCUACAACAAGGCAGUCAACCUGUGGGACAGGAACAAUCCAGGAAUGUCCCAGGCUAAAGUUACCACUGGAGGCAAUAAUCCCCCAGGCCCCAACAACAACCAUCCCCACUCUGACAAUCACCCCUAUCACGGGCCGCCUGCACCUUUACAGAACCACAGCCAAAACUCCCAAAACCCAGGGCCCACCAGUGGGCCCAUGGAUCCUGUUGUGCAACACCAGCCAGGGCCAUCUCACAACAGGGGCCCCCUGAUAGCUCAAGGUUGGGGAGACUUACCCAGCUCCCACACAAAAUCAGAGAGCUCUUGGGGGGAACCUGUACCCUCUCCGGUCAGUGUGGAUAAUGGGACAUCUGCCUGGGGCAAACCAAGUGGGAGCUGUGGAGGCUGGGGAGACGGUAACCCGGACAGCUAUGGCAGAGGCAACCCGACAAUGACAACUGCAUCCUGCAAACCUGCCCCCAAACCUAUGCAAGACGGAUGGGGAGGUGGAAGUGAGGAGCUGAGCCAGUGGGAUGCUGAGGAGGGAGACAUGUGGAACAGCACUGCCUCCCAAGAGAGCAACUCCUCCUGUAACUCUUGGGGCAAUGCAUCUAAAAAGGGCCCACAGAAGGGGAAGGUCCCAGGGAAGCAGGAAGAUGCCUGGAUGAUGAAUCGUCUCAUCAAACAGCUGACAGACAUGGGCUUCCCUAGGGAUCCAGCAGAGGAGGCUCUGAAGAGCAACAACAUGAACUUGGACCAGGCCAUGAGUGCCCUGCUGGAGAAGAAGACAGAGCUGGACAAGCGGGGGAUGGGGAUAGCCGGCCACGACUACAACAACGGGCUCAUCAACAAGCCCAUGAGCUGCCCUCGGCCUCCGCUUCUUUCCAAAGACCCCUCAGCAGACCCCCGCUUGCCCUUCAUGGAUAAGCAGAUGCAGAGUGGAAUGUUUGGCGGUGGUGGAGCAGCACAAGCCCGGACCAUGCAGCAGCCGCAGCCGCCUCCUCAGCCGCCAGUGCCGCCUCUCAGCUCCUCUCAGCCUAGUCUACGUGCUCAAGUGCCUCAGUUUCUCUCCCCUCAGGUUCAAGCACAGCUCUUACAGUUUGCAGCAAAAAACAUUGGUCUGAAUCCUGCACUUUUAACCUCACCAAUAAACCCUCAACAUAUGACCCUUCUGAAUCAACUUUACCAGCUGCAACUGGCAUACCAGCGUUUACAAAUUCAGCAGCAGAUGUUGCAGGCGCAGCGCAAUGUUUCUGGCCCCAUUCGACAACAAGAGCAGCAAGUUGCACGUACAAUCAAUAACAUGCAGCAGCAGAUCCAACAGCACCAGCGUCAGCUGGCCCAGGCCCUGCUGAUGAAGCAGCAGCAACAGCAGCCACCUCCCUCCCACUCGGGCUUGCAUCCUGGUGGGGCCAAAUCCACCCUGGAUUCAUUUCCAGGUCACCCCCAUGCUCCAGGCCUCCCUGACCUGCAGACCAAAGAGCCGCAGUCAUCUCCUAACACCUACAGCCACUACUCUCUCUCUGGACUGAAUCCAAACAUGAAUGUAAACUGCAUGGAGGUGGGAGGUCUGUCUAUGAAGGAACCUCCUCAGCCCCAAUCGCGCCUAUCACAGUGGACGCACCCAAACUCCAUUGAAAGCCUCUCUGGUAGCUCCUCUCCUCUAGAGCCCAGCCUGGGCAAGCAUGGUGAGAAAGGAAAGGGAAUCCUGGGUUCCAAUUUGGGCCCCCCUGGUAAGCCCCCUCAGCUGGAGGACUCUUACAGUCCCUACAACCUGAUGUCCAGCUCAGAGUCUCCUACCAGCCCCCUGGUCCCCCCAGACAGCUGGGGACAGGGCAAGAGCAGCAGUGACAAGAUGGCCAAUGGGACCAAUAUCAACUGGCCACCAGAGUUCUGCCCUGGUGUGCCCUGGAAGGGCCUCCAGAAUAUCGACCCUGAGACCGACCCCAACGUGACCCCCGGGAGUGUCCCUAGUGGGCCCACCAUCAACACCAACAUCCAAGAUGUCAACCGCUACCUGCUGCGGGACAGGAGUGGAGGCUCCUCUCCCACCUCAUCUCAGAACGAGGCUCUGCCUCCCUCCACUGAUUGGCCAGUCAGUGCCUACACUAGCUCAUUCAGUCUGUCACCCCCGGAGACAGACGAUGCAGGUAAACUGUCAGAGAUGAAAUCUACUUGGUCUCCAGGCCCCAUUUCUCACAGCCAGGCCUCUCUGUCCCACGAGCUGUGGAAGGUCCCCCAGGGCCCCCGGAGCAGCACCACAGCCCCUUCCCGCCCCCCACCUGGCCUCACCAACACCAAGCCUUCCUCCACCUGGGGGGGCAACUCCCUGGGUCUGGCCCAGGGCUGGAGCAGCUCUUACACCUCAGCAGGUACCACAUGGAGUACAGACAGCUCCACCAGAACCAGUAGCUGGCUGGUUCUGAGGAACCUCACUCCACAGAUUGAUGGUUCAACUCUGCGUACACUGUGCAUGCAGCACGGCCCCCUCAUCACAUUCCACCUCAACCUGACACAGGGCAACGCUGUGGUGCGCUACAGCUCCAAGGAUGAAGCUGCCAAGGCUCAGAAGUCCCUGCACAUGUGUGUGCUUGGGAACACCACCAUCCUGGCAGAGUUUGCUGGGGAGGAGGAAGUGAACCGCUUCUUUGCACAGGGCCAGUCGCUCGGCGGAACAACCAGCUGGCAGGCCACUCCAGGCACCAAUCAGACAAGGAUGGGUGGAACCGGGUCCGGAGCCUCUCAUCCCAUCGGUCACUCACCCCACUGGAACAACAACAAUGGCAGCAGCAGUAGCAGUGGCCUGGGAGCAGGCGGAGCAAAGACGGGCGGGGAGUUGCUUUGGGGUGGCGUACAGCAGUAUUCUAGCCUGUGGGGACCCCCGAGUGGAGAGGAGGGACGGGUCAUGGGGAGUCCCACCCCAAUCAAUACGCUGCUGCCUGGGGACCUGCUGAGUGGGGAGUCCAUGUAGGACAGAAGAGCCCAGGACGAAUUGAUCACCAACAGGAGCAAAAACCUUUCAAAUCAAUGUGGAGAUAAUCAGUGUGGGUGUAACGGUGAAAAGGAGAGACGAGAGGAGGACGAGGCUACAUCCUUGCUGCUCACCCUCGUCAACCUCCUCUACUCCUUUUGUUUUUAAUGACAUUUCAGUUGCAGUUAUUUUGUGAAUCUCAGCGAGAGAUUUUGGUCACAGUGUUCAGCUUUUUCUUUUGGAGACACAGGAAGAAGUCUUUCAUUCAACAAAGAACUUUUUACAGAGAUGAACGUUUGAGAACUCGCAGUGUGAAACAUGUACUUUAGUCAAACUGACACAAUGACGAGCUGCCAUCUUCUUUAAACUUGCGUAAUCCCUCUCUGCCUUUUGAGGCAAUCAUACUGCACCUCAGAGAUCCAUGAAAAAGGCAUCAUUCCCAAAGUAAAACCCUUCAAUCAGAGUGGUUGUCGAACUUUCAGCUGGUCCAGACUCGACAUUUGUUUCUCUCAGCACUAAUAUUAGCCUUAACCUCUUUCCUGCCCUGCUAUCCUCACUCACUCUGUACUUGGUGAAGAAGCAUACGGACACUUGCACACCCUUAUUUCUGAGCCAGUGAAACCUGAGUGGAGAGUACAUGCUGCUGCUGCUUAACAUAAGCAACCACAGCUCACAACUUCAGUGCAUUUUUGCAAGCAGAUUGAGUUCCUCAGUUCGCUCAAAGGGAAUGAUGCAACUCUGUUCGCCUUGUUCAAGCCAUUUAUUUUUGUAGUGUUUAUUAUUUUCUUUUUCUUCUGGAACCAUUGCAAACAAAGCUAAGAAAUGAAAUUAUUCAAAUGUGUCUGUCAAUCUUACCUGGUGGCGGGGAUAGUUUUGGGGGUUGUCGCAUGUACAGUUACGGACGUGACAGACGACAAAAUGAACCACUGCUAUUACUAUGGAACUGUAAAGAAAAAACACUUCAAUGCACCUCAACUCCUCUGCGGGCAACCUGCAGUUUGGUCUCAGUCUCUGACCCUCUCACUGAUGUAGUGGAAAACCUCAAGUCGUAAAUGUUUCCUAACCGUCUGUAUUCAACGACCCCCACCACCCCCACCCCCACCCAACUCCACCCGCAAAACACCAUUUCAAGUGACGUGCAAUAUAAGCCACAGACUCUACCGUCCAAGCACCCUACCAUGGCCUCUCUCAGAAAGAGAAGAGACUACAAGGAAUGAUUGAACUGCAAAAACUGUAUCUGCCCCCACAACCCCAACCCUACCCACAAACUGCCACUACUACCCUUCAACCCCUCCCAAGAGUGUGUGAGCUCAGGAGAGUAGCAAGCUGGUCUUCAACCAUCUUCAACCACAAGGACAUACACACAAAGCACUUCUUCAACCAGCUCACUCUCCACACUUAUGCCAGUGACUAGUUUUGGGGGAGAGGGAGAGACAGGUGUGUGUGUGUGUGCGUGUGUGUUUGUGUGCGUGUGUGUGCGUGUGUGCGUAUGUGUGUGGAGGGGGGGGGGGGGGGGUAUGAGUGCUUGAUGAGAAGGCAUCAAACCAAAAUGAGGAGCCUGUUUCCCUUUUUGCCCAGAAGACCACAUGACCCAUGACCUUUUUUUUUUUCUUUUGGCCCAAAUUUGCAUCAGUAGAAGAGUAUGAAGCAAAGAUUUUGUGAAUAGGUGGUCUAUCAUAGCACUUAGCAAGAGCAUCGCAGCUCGUCGUACCCUCAAUGCCAACGAAUAGAAGAAAGGAGAAGCAACACUGGCAAAUAAAAACUGAAAAACAAAGACAAAAAAGCAAUCUGCUUAGUGGCUUCUCUGUAUACUUAUUUUUUAACUUAAUAUGGAUGUGAAGAUUUUUUUUUUUUUUUUUUUUUCAAUCCUUCUUCCCUCAAGUCAGUGGGACCAAGAAGGAUUUCAAACAUGGUAGCAAAGUGAAGGGAAAUACAAAGAAAGAACUAACUCAACUGAUGAUGAGUGCAGUAGGGAAAGACCCCAAAGCACUCAUCCUCACCCUCUUUAUCAAAGUAAAUAUCACUGUUACAUUGCAUACUUUGAAAUCUUUAGCCUUGGUGUCUGGAAAGCGCUCGACGUUUUUAUGUUCUACUGGCUCCAGCAGGGAGGAUCACCAUCUCUUUCAUCCUUUUUUUUUUUCUUUUUUCCCUCUUCUUUCUAUCUAUUGGAGGCCCUGCCAACCUGUGUGAUAGUGUGGCCACUGAGUGCCUGCCUGCUGCAGAGCGCAGUGCUCUGCGGCAGCCCUCACCCCUCCCUCCCCCUCGCUCGCUGCCUCCCUGCGGAUCCCUACAGACUGGCUUCCCUCGUCUUACUCUCACACCCACCCCCCUGCCCCCUCACCGGGCCUCCAGGCCAAGAGCAGCUCUUUCAGAACUGGCCCACAUGUAUUAAAUUUACUACUACUGCUGUGCCAGAGUCUGUCCUCAGCAACCUCCACUUCCAGUCUCUCUCUGUCUCUCUCCUGCAAGGAUCACUUUAGCCAGAGAUGGAGGCGUUUGAUGUGUUUGUUUGUUUUUUUUUCUUGGUUUCACUUAUGGAAUUGCCAGUGUGCAUUUUUAUUUUAUUAUUGUAAGAAGUUUGCUGAUAUUGUUGCUGUUAUCAUUGAUGAUAUAGUUAAUGAUUGUUUUCUGAUGAUGAUUUCAUGGCUUUUUAACAUUGGUCUUUAUGCAGUGUUCAGCUUCUCUCCUGCCCCUCCCACUGCCUUAGAGGCAGGACCAGUGUGUAGUUUAGAGGUACGCCUCAGCCGUGCAGCAAGGCCAUAAAAAACACUGCAGAUCUCAGUAGAAAAGCAAAGUCGGGGCGGUCUUUAUGUUGGAGUCAGACAGGGGGUUUGAAGAGUCCAAUCAAGUGGGAAAGGUUGUGUAGUCAAAGGUUCUCUCCAGGAUGGUGAGCCGACUUCCUCCGUCCAUCCUGGGGCACCAAACCUCUACUCUAUGUUGUCUCAUAACACACACUUUCUAUAAUGUUGAUGCGCCUCACUCACACUGGUGCUUUAUGUUUAACUCUGGGAGCACUCAGUUACGCUUAGAACCACCUCAACUGAUAACAGCCUUCCAUUUCUAUGCAAAGACAAGGAGGUGUUCGUUCACAGCCAUCUAGAAAAUCACAGCCAUCGCCCACAUCUGCCAAUCUUCACUUAAUCUAUCAACCUUUACUACCAGGCAGCUUCCCUUGAAACCCCCCCUCGAUAAAGUGCAGGGGACACUGAAAGAGUCUUUCUUCAAGGGUUUGGUCUCCCACUGUGUGGACAGAGCUACUAGAUGACACUAAAUGACCUGCUGGAGGCACUAGUCGUUGGCAAACAGAGUCAUUUCUUCAGUCUUGUGCCAACUGAUCUUUCCAAUAUCUACUUCCACUUUGCCAUAUCCUAAUUUAUCUUUAGCGUGAUGAGACUUCAGUUCCUUUUAUUGCUGCAGGGGCGUACACCGCAAGCUCCAGCUGUAGGAGGCUUGAGGAGUAGAAGGGCAGGACAGAUGAAUGGUGCUGGUCUUUCACCAACAGGAGACUGGAAAUUUAGUGGAGAAUCAGGCUGCAGGAGGAGGAGGACGGGGUGGGGUGGUCCCUGUAAGUGUCUGUGCACUGUUUAUGGGUCACAUCGGGUACAUCUCUUUAAAAACCAAAAACAUUAUCUUUUUCUUUAUCAUCAAGGUUUUUCGCAAAAACAAGAAACUAUAAAAAAAAAAAAAGAAAAAAAAAAGGUCUGUUUCAGCUGUGCACUUUGAGGCUGAGAUGUCUGUGUUCUGUGUCUCUGCAAGCUGCCGCCUUCUCACCCCGUCAAGGCUCAUUCUCUGGGCCACAUCUGGGGAAGCUGUAUCCAGGAGGUUCGUUUCGGAUCUCCAACCGGAAGGUCACGCCAGCCGAAAUAUAUAACAGGUCUUUUCUGCACAUCUGGCUUUAGGGUCAGGGUCCAAGCAGGGACCCAACGUAUCAGCAGAAACAGGGACAGACCUCAAGUUCGGUACCAAGUCUUAAAACUUAGGGGAUACGCCCUCUUCCAGAGUUGCUUAAGACUCAUGUCAUUCAACAAAACAAUCACUAUUGCCUGUGUUGUUUGUUUGUGUGUUUGUUUGUUCCUGAAAACCUGCAUUUACUCCACACUGGACUUGAAUCAAGGAACUUCCGUUGAAUUGGGGAGUUGAAUGUGGAGUGGGGGGAUGGGUGACUGGGAUGGAGGUCGUGUCUCAGAUGUGCCCUGGAUUUCUUGGCGCAGCACCAGCACUGAGAGUCCCGCCCCCUCCCACGCCCAUCGCCUGCACCCUUAUCUACCUGUCUAGUGUUGGAAAUCGGAUGCUCUCCCUUUUUUUUAAAGUCACAUCGACUCAAAGGCAACUGGAGCUCGAGCAAAAUAUGUUUCUCAGUCAUGGAUCAGACAAGGGUUCUGGGGCAGGGGCCUCAAAAACAUUUAAAUUAGAAAAUCUCUUUAAAAAAAAAAACAAAAAAAACAAAGGCCUGGGUUGAAUAUGCACAUGCUAGUUCAUAUACGGUAUACAACCAAGAGUAUAUAAUGGGUGUAUGUGUGUAUAUGGCUAGAUUUCUCUGUUUUCCACUUAGCCCAAGCCCUUUCCCCUCCCCUGCCCUGGCUUCAGCCCUUACCCUGUGUAUCCUCCUCAACAUUGUAUUUCCCAGAAAACAAGAUCAUAAACAUAUCAGAGUAAUACAAAAUAAUGAAAACAAAUACUUGAAUCAAAAGAAGCGCCAAUAAUGUAAUGUGAACACUUUUUGUAGUGGUUUUUUUGUCUCAUUCAUACACUUCAGAGAUUUUUGAUAACAUCGGUUCAGAGUGAAUCAAAUUUGAAAUACGAGUGUUGUUGAAAACAAAGAUCGAUCUAAAGGCAAAUUUACAUCUGUUGUAUUUGAGUGUUUGCACAAGGCUGCUUGUACUGUAUGUUGUAUGAAUGUUUAGUGCGUGAGGUGAAAAUAUGUAUGAGAGCUCGUGAUUACAGCGGAGGAAUUUCCGCCUCGUGUUUCUUUUCAAUUCAGUAUACUUAUGUUGUUGAUUUUGUUUUGUUUUUUUGUUUUUUUUCUUUUUGCUUGUCAAAAAUAUAUUCUGAUGUUAAUUGUUACUAGCCUCUAGCGUUGCACUGAGUGUCGGCCUCACCCCUCAUCCAGCUAAAUGAACAACAUGAUACAAGUACUGAGGGGAGACGGGGACAGUUCAUGUGUAAAUGUUUACUCAAGGACUAAAAUAAGUGUGUUUUUAAAAUGUAAUGUUUAUCUACCUUAGUGGCUUUCAUUGUGGAAUAAUCCAAGAAAGUAUGGAUCAUAAUUGAGUAUUGCACCAUUUUUCGGACUAUAAACCUAAAAAAAAAAAAAACAAGAAAACUAAAAAAAAAAAAAAAUCACAUAUGUAUAAAAAAAUGCAGCAAAAAAAGUAUUUUGCAGACCUGUGGCCAUAGAUUGGGGUAGAAGGACUUCAGCUCUCCCAAAUCUGAGCAACGGAGAGAGUGAAGGACAAGACAUCAGACUGAGCCUUGGCUUCUAGGGCUCACUUCAGAGGUGCCUACCUUUUUGGUUUGUUAGCUUUCGUUCUGUUUUCACUUAUGUUCGUUUCACUCAUGUUGUCAUUCGUUUUCCUGCAAGGCCACUGACAGUUUACAAACACUUUGUUUUUUUCUGGAGUUCAAAAAAAUCUGCAACACAAAGGAAUUAAACCAUGGGAAUGUUGGAAAAAAGAAAAAAAGGACACAUGCUUCCAUUUUUUUUAAAGAAAAAAAAGUGCAACACAGAAUGAAGAUUUAGUGUGCUACUUUCAGAACUCUGGGAUUGAACAGUGUUGUCUUGUUCUGUUUAACCUUCUUUGUUCGGUGUUAAUGUUGAUUUCAUGGACUAUCUCAAGCCUGUAUGUUUUAUGUUGAUUAUAUAUAUUUUCCUUUAUAGAAAAGAAAAGAAAAGAAAAGAAAAAAAGACAUAAUUGCUCACUAUCUUGCACACACGAAAAAGUGGAUCUUGUCUCAGGAAGGCCAGGGUUCCAGAGUACCAACUCCACGCCAUUUUAAUGUACAUUUUUAUGAUGAGUAAAAAGAAAAGGAUGAUUUAAAAGAAACAAUUUUAAGCACUGAAAGUUAUGGAUUUCAGAAGAAGAGAAAAUACCUUUUGUUUCUAAAUCCGUAGCAGUUACAUAAUAACCAAAUAAUGGACUUUAAAUGAAAAUGGAGUGCUUUAUAUAUAAAUCUAUAUAUAAAAAUUGCUUUACAUUUAAAAACAAAAAAUGGUCAAUGAUUUUGAUUGUUGAAAAAAAAAAAAAGAAAGACGGUGAAUAACAUGCAAAAUGCUGUAUGUUUGAAUCUUUAUUGUGUUUUCUUAAUGAGGUCCCGUCCUGACUGAAUCAGGAACAUUGUGCAUUAAUCUUUCUUUCCUCUUUCUCUCUCUCUCUCUCUCUUUCAUUGUCCCACAGCGGGUAUUAUUAAUAGAUAAAUCAGACUUUUGUGGAACUUUUCACAUUUUGGAGGAUGUUUGUAAAACAUGAGCUGGUUGUAAAGGAUCAUGAAACUAUGCACAAGUGUUGUGGGUGUGGGGGGGCGGAAGAUGGGGAUUUUUUAUGGCCUACUUCUUAAGUGGCUGAUCUAUUGCAGGGGUUUUUGGGAUCCAAUGUGUUUUUUGUUUUGUUCUUGUUUUGUUUUGUUAAGGGGGUGGAGGGAAGGGGGGUGGAGAGGUGAGUGAUGUCGAGCCCUCUGCCUCCAGCUUCCUUCCCCUGAUUCAGAUUGAACUAGCGCUACAUCGCCAUGCUGUGUAUUCCUAAAACCAAUGAGCGUCUCACUCUUUAGCACUGUGGGAUUCUAGCCUAUCACCCUCAAGGGUUUUUUUUUUUC